AUGGCGCCGUCUAUCACCACGGUGCCAUCUUUCGAGACCGCAUGUGAGGUCGUUGCUCAGUCGAGGAACUCAGAGUAUCCACCGAAUCUGCUCCCGAUCACUGCGUUGGUUCCGGCGGAUCUGUUGACUCCUACGUUGGCCUAUUUGAAGCUCUCGGAGAACUCCAAGUUGUCAUUUUUGUUUGAGAGUGCAGCGACUACAGAGACCAUUGGGCGGUAUAGCUUUGUUGGUGCAGAUCCCCGAAAAGUUCUUAAAACCGGCCCCGGUCAUGGCCCCGAGUGCGAUCCUCUUCCAGGCCUCGAGAAAGAAUUAUCCCUGUUCCGCAUUGCAACAGUGCCAGGGUUGAUUCUGCCACCCUUGACUGGUGGAGCAAUUGGAUACGUUGGAUAUGACUGUGUGAGAUACUUCGAACCCAAGACCGCACGGCCUCUCAAGGAUGUCGUUGGUGUACCUGAAUCGUUCUUCAUGUUCUUCAAUACUAUUGUCGCCUUCGAUCAUUUCUUUCAGGUCGUCAAGGUGAUAACGUACGUGCCCAUUCCGGGAACCGACGCAGAACUGAAAGUGGAAUACCGGAAAGGCCAAGAGGUUCUUCAGAAGAUCGUUUCGAUGCUGUUGCGCCCUGAUACCCCCCUGCCACCACAGGGUCCGAUCAUCCCUGGCCAAGAGUAUAAGUCAAACAUUGGUCGCGAGGGCUACGAGCGACAUGUCAUGAGGCUGAAGGAACAUAUUGGCAAGGGAGAUAUCUUCCAGACCGUGCCGUCGCAGCGCUUGGCGCGUCCAACUUCCUUGCACCCAUUCAACCUCUUCCGCCAUCUGCGCACAGUUAAUCCGUCGCCUUACCUCUUCUACCUUGAUUGCCAGGAAUUUCAGCUUGUGGGGGCCAGCCCGGAACUGCUCGUGAAGCAAGAAAAUGGCAGAGUGAUUACUCACCCAAUCGCCGGUACAGUCAAGCGUGGGAAAACGCCGGAGGAAGAUGCCGCACUGGCGGACGAGCUGCGUGGGAGCUUGAAGGAUCGUGCGGAACAUGUUAUGCUGGUCGACCUGGCACGCAACGAUGUCAACCGUGUGUGCGACCCCAUGACUACUCAGGUCGACCGACUUAUGGUCGUCGAGAAGUUCUCACAUGUCCAGCAUCUUGUUUCUCAAGUAUCCGGCGUUCUUCGUCCAGAGAAAAGCCGGUUUGACGCAUUCCGCUCGAUUUUCCCGGCAGGUACCGUCUCCGGGGCACCGAAGGUCCGAGCCAUGCAGCUGAUUGCGGAGCUUGAAGGCGAGAAGCGAGGUGUAUACGCUGGGGCGGUUGGCUACUUUGGUUUCAACAAGGCCAGCAGUGACGGAACAAGGGAGGUACCGGGGGAGAUGGACACAUGCAUUGCGCUCCGGACGAUGGUACUCAAGGACGGAGUGGCUUAUCUCCAGGCUGGUGGAGGGAUUGUGUUCGACUCCGAUCCAUAUGAUGAGUAUGUCGAGACAUUGAACAAACUGGGAGCCAACAUCCAAUGCAUCCGCGGUGCAGAGGAGAAGUAUUUGCGCUUGGAGAAGGAGGCAGAAGGCGCUUAG